AUGGCGUGUUUGGAGGACCGGGGCAUAUCAAACCAGCACGACAGCUUGACGGCUUCUGCCUCGACGACGCGAGCACCGACCCUUCAUCGCCUAGCUGGAGCUGGGAGGUUGGCGCCAACCAACGAGCAUCGGUCCGUGCUCGUGCUGCAGAUGGCUCGAGCCAGGGGCGUCAACAUAUGCGACCUCUUUCCAAACCUCUCCAUGUGGUGGACGUGUUAUGCAAAACUACCGGCCGAUCGGGCCCGGCAGACGGACAGGCCACGAUCUGUCAGAAUUUCAGAAUUUCAAUUCAGAAUUUCAACGAUAGAUAGCAGGCCCAGGGCUGUCACUUUUGCCGUCAGCACAAUGGACAGAGUGAUUGGAUACCUCCGGAAUGAUCCAAUUCGACCGAGAGCCAUCGACUCUUAA